CUGGCGUUGUUUUGUGCAGCUCGUAAUGUGCUCCGACGACCAGGAACAGGCUGUUUCAGACCCUCAUCAGAUCUGCUUUGCAUGUCUCGACUUUAUUUACCGAUAAUCAGUGUGAGCUUUUCUGUGCACAGUGCGUUGUGUGUGUUAGUUUCUUGUCAGUAAAUAAAAUGUCUUAACUCCUCCUCUCAGUUUGGAGAAGCUAACCUCCACAUCCACCACGAGCAGCAGCAGCAGCAACAUCCACCCGGAGCCUCUCGGCAACAUUUUCUAUCACUGGCAACCAGCAAUGCAGACGACAUGACGAUAAAGCAGACAGCCUCGUCUCUUUGCAAGUGAACUAAACAUCGUAUCUGCUCCCGUGUUGCAUUACUACAGACCUGUUGUCCUUCAGCCCUGCAGAUCGUUCAACUUGACCAAAUGAAUUUCUUGCGUAAUCGUCUUGUUGUUUUGGGCCUGGUGUUGGUGGCCACGGUGUUGCUGUACCUGCUGCUGCCAUCCAUCCGCCAGGGCAGCAUGGAGCCGUCUCUAGAAGCUCAAAAACUGAUGGCCACCCCUCCUCCUCCGUUUCCAACCAUCAACGUGUCCAUCCGCACCGGACAGCUGCCCGGGGACCCUCCACUGUUCUUCAGAGAAGCUCUGCCUGUUGAUGGAGCUGGACGACAGAUAUUGCCGAGGCUGCAAGUGGUCCUUCUGCACGGCCAGGCGUUCACAUCCAAAACCUGGGAAGAGCUUGGCACGAUGGCCCUUCUGGCGACUAAUGGAUAUCAGGCCUUAGCGAUGGACCUGCCAGGGUAUGGAAAAUCGCCAGACUCCGAGGCUCUGAAGACCGACCAGAAUCGUGUCGAUCUCCUUUCAAGGUUCAUGGAGUCCUUGGGUGUCAGGACAGCUGUCCUACUGAGCCCUUCCAUGAGUGGACAUUACUCCAUCCCAUUCCUCAUGAAAAACAACGCAGAGCUGCAUGGCUUCAUACCCAUAGCGCCAGUUGGUACCCGGAGUUACACUCCACAGCAGUACCAAAAUAUUCAGACUCCCACUCUGAUUGUGUACGGAGCGCUGGACACAAACCUGGGUGCCCAGUCCCACAAGAAUCUCAUACAACUUCCUCAUCACUUUGUGCUAAAGUUAGAAGGCGCUCGCCACGCCUGCUACAUGGACAAACCCAGAGAAUUUCACCAAGGAUUACUCGACUUCCUCAGCAAACUGAAGUGAGAAAGGAAAAAUAAAGGGACACUAGUCUUCUAUUGAGUGGUUCAGUACGGUGACAAAAUGUACUAACAUCAGCAUUUAUCUCAUUAUCAUCUGCUGAAGCAAAGAACAUUGAUAUUCGAUCCUACUGGAAAACGGCAUGUGAAAACUUGUAAUGUCAGUUAAAACACUAUUUCAGAUGUUUCCAUCCUAAAGCAAAUAUUUUUUUGAAAUCUCCCAUAGUGUCACCCAAAAAUAUGAGACUAGUUCACGUCAGCUUGUUUAAAAAAAAAUGUCUUUAGACUUGUAUAGUGGUGUGUUUUUGUUUCAUGUCUCCUUUGCAUGUAAAAACACGGAAUGCUUCGCUGUUACCACUUUUGUAGGUGACAUGUAGGUUACUGUAAAUACACGAAUGUAGCAGCCGCCUGUGUUUUAAAUAGCUUCUGUUUGCUUCACGACAGAUUUGUAUAUGAAGAUCUAAUAACCGGUCCUGCUUGUAAGAAAAAACACACGCUGUCCUCAACAAAAGCAAACAGUUGAUAAACACUGUAAAAAAAAAAAAAUUGUAAAAAAGAUGGACAUUAUAAAAUGCUGAAAUAAAACAGCUUACAUUUAUUUAUUUAAUGAUUUAAAAAAAAAAGGUUAUAUGUAAUAUAUUUGCAAUAAGUUUGGACAAUCAUGCAAAAACAAACUAAAAUAAGAUAUGCAUAGCUUAAAAUAAAAACAAUUGUGUGUUUUGUAUGUUUGGGUUGAUAAAAUGUAAUCUUGUGGGAGCUGAAAGUUGUUUUGAUAUAUUUAUAUAUAACGCCCUGUCAGGAGGCGGGUUUUGCCAACUUCUGUUCUUGGAAAGUUUCUGAUGCCACUUUUUACACCCACCAUUUGCAUUUCUUCAAAUAUUUGCUAUAAUCUGCUUGAAGAAAUAAGUUUACGUCA